UGAUCCGACAUCAGCGCAUCCACACUGGGGAACGGCCCUACAUGUGUGGGGAAUGUGGAAAGAGCUUCAGGCAGAGUUCCCACCGCAUCCAACACCAGCAAAUCCACACUGGGAAACAUCCCGAGAAAAGGGAUCUGUCCUUCCCAAAACUUGGCCAGAUGAAGGAGGCUGCGAGGAAGAGGAAGAUGCCUUGGUCCCCCCAGGCAGGCCCCGAGGUGAGGACGGAGAGCCCGGAGGACAAAUCCCCCCGUGAGCCCCUGGUGGGAGAGGCCGUUUUGAAGGGCUCCCCGGCGCAGGAAGGCAGCGGGGAGGAAAAGGGCCGGAGAUCCCCCCGCAGGAGGGGCUCCAAAGCCAGCCCAGGGUGCUCUGAGGAGGAAAGAGCCAGCCUGUGCCGGGAAGGCGGCCGGAGCUUGAGGGGGAGCUCUGACCUGGUGAGCUUCAACCUGAUCCGACACCAGCACGUCCACAGUGGGGAACAGCCCUACCCAUGUGGGGAGUGCGGGAAGAGCUUCAGGGACAGCUUUGACCUGAUCCAACACCAGCACAUCCACACUGGGGAACUGCCCUACACAUGUAGGGAAUGUGGGAAGAGCUUCAGGUACAAGUCUACCCUGAUCCGACACCAGCAAAUCCACACUGGAGAACGGCCCUACCCGUGUGGGGAAUGUGGGAAGAGCUUCAGGACGAGCACCAACCUCCUCACCCACCAGCGCAUCCACAGCGGGGAACGGCCCUACACUUGUGUAGAAUGUGGGAAGAGCUUCACGGACAAGUCUACCCUGAUCCGACACCAGAGCAUCCACACAGGGGAACGGCCCUACAAGUGCUUGGAAUGUGGGAAGAGGUUUAGGACCAGCUCACAUAUCCUCCUGCACCAGCGGACGCACACGGAUGAGAGGCCCUUCCGCUGCACCGACUGCGGGAAGGGCUUCAGGCAGAACUCCCACCUCGUUACCCACCGGCGCACCCACACCGGUGAGAGGCCCUUCAAGUGUGGGGAGUGUGGGAAGAGCUUCCCCAGGAACUCUGCCUUGACCUCACACCAACAGACCCACCAGUAAGGGAAGCUGUAUGUGUGCCCUGACUGCAGGAAGAGCUUCAGCUGCUCCUUCCAGCCUGAAUGAACCCCCUGAUGGGGAGGCAACCCCUGGAGUCCAGUGACUGUCAGUCCAUCCCUUUUGACCAGAAAGGGCCAGUCCCCUUUCCCAUGAAACAGGAGCCAGGCCUAAAAGAUAACUGAGAUAUCUUGGCCUGCUAAGAAACCCCAAUACCUGUGUUGCUGGAAGAACAUUUUAGGAGCACUGGUUAAUAUGUUCUGUUCUGCUCACUGGACCAAAGGCCUUCAUAUGGAAAGAAUAGGAGUAGCACACACACAGUAAUAAUUUAGGUAAACUAGAUGUUUGAAUAAGAUCUAGAAGGCCCAGAGCUAGGAUUUUGCAAGCUUGAAGAAUUCAGGUCACCUAAUUGAAGAGGUCAAAUUGAGGAAGACGUCCAUGGCGACCACCAGAGGGAGGAAGGCUUGAGGAGAAGACCCCCACAGUAGAAGACUGCGCAUGUCUGGAAAGACUCUGCCCAGAGACCAGCCUGCUUAUUAAUAUGUAUAAUAAAUGAUGUAACCAUGUAUCUAAAGUGUAUAAAAUAGCUUGCUUUUGCACUUUUAAGUUGAGCAAGUUUGUCCAGUGUGAGCUGGCUUGCUCCCAACAUUGAAUAAACAAAUACCUUGCUGCUUAAAGAUAAAAAAAGUCUCUGAGCAGUCUUUCGGACCAAGUUUUUCAGAUUCAUUUGGCAGCUCACGACAGGACACCUUCUCCACCCGGCUGCGGAAUCCCUCGGAGGACGGGACCCCCUUGGGUGCCCUCGGGUGAGUCUUUUUACCUGAAGGGUCUCCCUUCUUCGGUGGAUUCUUGUGGGGGCUGGACAAGAACACUGCCUAUUGAUAAAAGGUAUUUGUAUCUGGUUUCUGGUUUUGUCUAUUCUGGUUCUGGUUAUUCUGGUUCUGGAUUCCCAUAAGCCGAAGGCGGGACGCCGGCACUCGCAGGGAUAUGGAAGAGGACGCUCUUCCAGGGGAACAUCCCCUCUGGUUUGGUCUGGUCUGGUUUUGUUUGUAUUUGGCCAAAUAAUGUUUAUUUUGAGGGAAACAAGGUUGUCUUGUUUGUUUUCAGAAAAGUUUUUGUGUACCUGAUACACCUUGCUUGAAACAUCCAGGAGCACAGAGUUCAAGGUAUUAUCAUGCUAAGAGUUGCUAUAUGAGAGGUAGUGCUGAAGAGUUAACUAUAAGCACACCACUUUGGAUAAGACCUAGAAUUAAGAUUUGUUCAUUUUGCAACUGUGGUUAUAUGUACAAGCCUUGUGUAACGGAUGUAAGGUUUGCCUCCCCGACAGACAAGGCUGGGUCAGAACCAGUGUGCAUAUUGCAGAAAAGAGGGACACUGGAAGCAAGAAUGCCCUGAAUUAACAGGGGGAAAUACAGGCAUAGGAGGGGCUGUUGUUGCUUACAGAGUACUGGGUGAAGGGGGGGGGCAGUGGGCCAGCACCUAGGGGACCUGCUGGUAAAAACUAAGCUAGGGGAAGAAAAAGAAGAAUUAGAUUUUCUAAUUGAUACCAGGGCUACACCUUCUGUUUUGAAUCAAAAAUUAAUACCUAGAAGUGAUAAAUAUGUUUAAGUCGUGGGUGCCACUGCCCAAUCAGAAAAGCUUUCUUUUGAAACCCCUGAAGUUCAAAAUUGGAAAAUCUGGGAACUGUAAUAGAAUUCAAACAGGGUAAAAUUGAAUUUAAGGUAAAGGAAGAACAAUUAAUAGCAACUCUGAGUUUAGCAAUGAGCCAUGUGGAGCCAAGCCAGGAUCAUUCAAAUGUCAAUCAAAUUUUAGAUCAGGUAUACCCAGGAGUUUGGGCUACUGAAACACCAGGAAAAUCGAAAUGGCAGCUCCCAUUCAAAUAGAAUUACGGCCAGGAGCAAACCCAGUAAUUAGGAAGCAAUAUGCACUGAGGCUAGAAAAUAGAAAAGGAAUUGAGCCAAUAAUAGAUAGCUUCUUGAAAUUAGGGCUUUUUGUAGAGUGUGAAUCAGAUUUCAACACCCCAAUUUUACCAGUCAAGAAGCCAAAUGGAACACAUAGGUUGGCUCAGGAUUUAAGAGCAGUAAAUAAAAUAGCUAAAACAUACAUGCAGCUGUUGCAAACCUAUAUACCCUAUUAACAAUAUUAAAAGAAAAUCUAAUUUGGUUCACAGUAUUAGACUUAAAAGAUACCUUUUUCUGCCUUCCCUUAACACAGGAAAGUCAAAGGAUAUUUGCCUUCAAGUGGGAAAAUCCCACCCCAGGAAGGAAAACUCAGCUCAUUUGGACAGUGUUACCUUAAAGGUUCAAAAAUUUUCCCACAAUUUUGGGAAUCAAUUAGCUAAAGAAUUGGAACAAUGGCAGUCACCACCAGGAGAGGGUGUGCUUUUAUAAUAUGUGAAUGAUCUAUUGAUUGUUACUGAAAAACAAGAAGAAUGUGUCCAAUGGACAGUAAACCUCUUAAACUUUUUGGACUUAAAUGGGUAUCAAGUCUCUCAACAGAAAGCUCAGCUGGUCCAGGAGAAAGUCAUGUACCUGGGAUAUGAAGUAUCGAGAGGACAAUGAUCUCUGGGGACAACGAGAAAGGAAACCAUCUGCCAGACACCGAAACCACAGAUGGUGAGAAACCUUCGAGCCUUUCCAGGAAUGACAGGUUGGUGUUGUUUAUAGAUAUAUCAGUAUGGACUAAUUGCAAAGCCUUUAUAUGACCUGCUGAAAAUGACUAAGGGCAACCUCAUCUGGACCCCUGAAGCAAGUGGAGCCUUCAAACAACUGAGGUGAGAACUCAUAAGGACUCCGGCGUUGGGAUUGCCUGACGUAAGGAAGCCCUUUUGGUUGUUCUCCCAUGAACGACAAGGAAUGGCUCUGGGGGUCCUGGCUCAGCAACAAGGGCCAUACAAAAGAGCAGUAGCCUACUUCUCCAAGCAAUUGGAUGAAGUAAGCAAAGGAUGGCCCACCUGCCUAAGGGCAGUACCAACAAUGAUCAUAAAUAUAGAAGAAGCCAGGAAAUGUACAAUGGGACAGAAAAUGACUGUGUUAGUGUCCCACACAGCAUCUACAGUACUGGAAGAGAAAGGAAAUCAUUGGCUGUCACCCUCCCAGUUUCUGAAAUAUCAGGUAAUCCUGGCUGAAUCAGAUGACAUAACCAUUCAGGUGACUAACAUUGUUAACCCAGCUUCAUUCCUAGAAGGGAGAAUCUCAGCUGUACCUGUCAUGCAGGACUGCCUGGAAACCAUUGAAGCAGUGCACUCCAGCUGCCUGGACCUUAAAGAAGAACCACCCCUGGAUGCAGAAGACUGGUUUACCGAUGGCAGCAGUUUCAUAAGACAAGGUGUGAAGAUGGCUGGGUAUGCUGCGACCACCACUACUGAGGUAAUCAAAUCAAAUCCUUUUCCCGCAGGAACCUCAGUCCAGAAAGCAGAAGUGAUAGCUCUCAUUUGAGCUUUAGGAUUGGCAAAAGGGAAAAAAAUUAACACCUGGACUGACUCCAAAUAUGCCUUUGGCAUAGUUCACGUUCAUGGAGCAAUUUGGAAAGAAAGAGGACUUUUAACUCUUCAAGGAAAAGUUGUGAAAUAUGCUGAAGAAACUCUACGAUUCUGUACAACUCCCCUCUCAGGUGGCAAUUAUGCACUGCCAAGGACACCUGAAAGGUAACACUGUCCUGGAAAUAAGAAACAGAAAAGCUGAUGCAGGAGCUGAAUUAGCUGCUGCAAGAAGUAAAGAACUACCAGUAGCAGCUUUAGUGCUAGAAGAACUAGACACAGAUCAACAGGUAGAAUAUCAAGAAACAGAUUAUAAGUGGAUACAUGAAAAUGAAGGUAAGCUGUUAGACGAUGGGUGAGGUUAACUAAAAACAGGUCAGUUAAUACUGUUAGAAAAAUUAGUGUGGCAAUUUGUAAAAGUAAAACAUGAUAAAGCUAUUGGGGCUUAGACUCACUCUAUUAGCAUUUAAGGACUAGAGUAGCAGGACCAAAUUUAUUUACCACAAUAGAGCAAGUCACAUCCCAAUGUGAACUUUGUGAACAAUGUGAACAAAAAUACACCAAAGGGCAAUAAGUAAAGGGCAUUUCCCAGGUGAAAUUUGGCAAAUUAAUUUCUCUGAGCUCCCAAGAAAAGGGGGGGAGUCCUGUUAUCUCUUAGUUUUGACUGACACAUUUUCUGGAUGGCCUGAAGCUUUCCCAUGUAGAAAAAGAAUGAAUCAAAAGGAGUGGUUAAAGUCUUGUUGAAUGAGAUUAUACCAUGGUUUGGAAUACCUAAGAGCAUGUCUUCAGAUAGAGGUUCACACUUUUGUGCAUGAAUUGUAUAAGCAAUAAGUAAAGCACUAAAAAAUCAAUUGGCAACUGCAUACGCCCUACAGACCACAAGCAAGUGGGCAAGUAGAAAAGAUGAAUCAUCUCAUUAAACAACAAAUUGCUAAAAUCUGUCAAGAAACAAAUUUUCAUUGGUAUCAAACUUUACCUAUUGCUUUAAUCAGGCUAAGGGUCAAGCCGAGAUCAAAAGAGAAACUGAGUCCAUUUGAAAUUCUAUUGGGCAGACCCUACAUGAUGCAAACUGUGAACAGUGAAGCUGUAGAUCAAAUCAGUAAUCAGAAUGUGUACGAUCAUGUUAUGGCUGUAGGGAAACAAUUGCAGAAAAAUGCUACAGUGGUGUUAGAACACCAACCCAAGCAGCCUGACUGUAAGUUACAUCCAUUCAACCCUGGUGAUCGGGUACAUGUUAAGAAUCUUUCAGGAGAACCACUAUGAGAGAAGUGGGAUGGACCCUUCCAGGUGUUGAUGACCACCUUCACAGUGAUCUGGGUGAAAGAGAAACCCACGUGGAUCCACUACUCUCGAGUCAAGAGUGUUCCAGAGGAAGCAUGGACCUCGGGAGAGGAAUCAUCUACUCUCAAGCCUUCUCAAUGCUGGUCUUUGGACUGAUAAGUACAUUGGUGUUAGAUCAAGCCCUUGCCCAGAACUCAUCAUGGUCUCAGGCCUAUAAUGGGGUCUCUGGUCUAUUAUUUUAUUUACAACCAGAUCUUCCGCCUCGGCCAGCCCAAAUGAACCAAUACAAUGCAUCUGUUAUAGUCCUCCAAGGAACGAGGGUACUGAAUAAUUGGUAAAAUCCUGGUACCCCACACCACGCAAGUGUUUUAAUAGGAAAAAUUGGAGAACGAACUCGAGUUGGAUGCAAAGCGUAUAAACCACCCUCACAGAUCAGAUGGUCACCCAAAAUUGACAU